GUUGGGAAAACGAAAGGAAGUUUUCUGUUCUUCUUCGAUGAAAACGUGUCAACCAGACACGGACACGGUGUUUUAGGCUGUUUAUAAACCAAAGUCCGUUUUAGUGUUUAGAAGAAACAGCCAUCCUGUCCUCACCAUGUCUGUCCUGGAGCCUGGCCCCCAGCAGGGAGGACGCCCUGACCUGGUUGAUGUUGAGGUCACGCUGAACCACUCUGAACUCUUUAGAGCAGAUUGCAAGAGGUUGAUUCUGGACACUGACAAAGCCUGCAAACGCAUGCAGGAUAAUGACAGCAAGCGACUUGAUCAGCGGGUCAGAGACAUUGGGUUUCUAAAAAAUGAGCUGGAGCAGAAGCUGGAGGAGAUAACUCAAGAGACUGAAACACUCAUCACCUUACAGAACAGAGUGACGAAGGCCCUGGAAGCAAGCAAUGAGCCCCUGAGGGUCACCAAUCUCUGCCUGGAGGAGAGAAUGAAACGUGCCCAUUCUGAGAGACUGCACGAUGAUGUGGACAGGGAGCUGCUGAAAGAGCGUGAGGUCACCGAGGGGGUGGUGUCUCUUCUGCAGCGUGUGAUUGAGCAGAUCUCUGAGCAGAUACGCCUGAAUCGAUCUACUAAGUACCAGUUAGAGCAGGACCUGAAGGAAAAAUCUGAGGCUCGGCACAUAGACGACUCCUGUUCUUUAAUGACUACCACUUCCAUGAAAAACCUUCAGAAGUCCAAAAAUAAGGCAGCUGCACUGUCAAGCUUGACAGUGACUCUAGAACAGUGGGAGAACAUGUCAGAAAUCAAUAUCAGCAAGGUAGAGAAGCAGAAAGCCAGCUCUCAGUCCCUGCGGGCCCUGGUGGAGUCGGUCCUGGAGCAGACCACGGCUGACGUGCAGAAGCAGGUUCAGGCUACAACUGCGGCUAUUCAGCUCAACAUCCAGGAGGUCAAGUCUGCCAAGAAUCAGAUGGAGGAGAAAAUGCCCAAGAUUCAGUCUGAGAUUUCCAGCCAGCAGAAGAUGAGGGAGGAUCUCCGAGCGGCCAUCAUAGAAAACGAGCAGUUCUUGAGUUUGGCCCAGGCCCGUCUGGCUUUACGCCGGCAGAGGCCUGUUAAAGAGCAGUGCCAUGAUUUUGUGCACACCCAGCUCCUCACUGAUGUCCAGCAGCUCACUGCUCACAUCAACAUACUGCAUGAGGAGGUGGCCCAGUCGGAGGAGCAGGAGAGAGCGCUGCUGCGCUGCCAGGUGAAGCUGCAGGAAAGCAUUGAUGCCAGAGCCAGGUCUCUUUACAUCGACGAGGUGAUCUGCCUGCAGCACAGGGAGCCCAUCAUCAUACACAACUUCUAAACAUUUAUCCCCACGUGCUAUUUAUUUCAUAAUACACUCUUUAAACUCACUUAAAAAUUUGUGUCGGAUUCUUAUGUUCCCCUCAUGAAGUUAUGUUUGGUCAAGUUAAUGGUUGAGCUCACGUAGGAACUCUUCAGGAACAUGAGCUGAACAGCUGCAGCUGUAAAGACCAUCCCAAACACACACACUAGUCCUGAGUUCUGUUACUAAAUAUGAUCACCUCACAUCUGCAAACUGUUAAAACAACUGUUACAUUUAUGUUA